CAUCUCUGUCAGAAACCACACAGCGUCGAACGCUCACAGUGAAAAGUGAAUAAAUAAAUAAAAUAGAACUACACAGACGGAACAGCCCGAGGGACAUUUCUGUGUGCGGAAGUGCCGCCUGAACAUGGGAAGAGGCGAAAGCGUGAAGAGUUCGAGAAUCAGGUCUGCGGCGGAACACGGAGGUUUUUAAAGAAAUGGAUCAUCCGGGAUCUCCCUCCGCGGGACCCACCGGGAGUGUCGGGUCAGGGGCUGCGGAUCCGCCGUUCCUUCACCUUCACGGCCUCAAACGCUGGUCCGUGGUCGCCCUGUCGGCUCUGGGCUCCGCGGCGUGUGUGUCCGCCGUCGGUUGUUUGUGCGCCUUCAUCUACCCCAUACUGAAAGAGCUGCGGGCAGGGAGAGUGAGAGGAGAGGAUGGGACUGAGGAGAGAAUCCUGGCAUCAAUGCGCGCAGGUUUCUGGAGCAUCCUUUUGCUGUCAGUAUUAGUUGGAUGCAUCUGCUGCGUCUUCUCGUGGACCAUCACCUACCUGGACUCGUACCAGCCAGGCAUGGUGUUCCUAUCCCCGCUGGCACUGGCCCCCCGCAGAGAUGUAUCUGACCAUAGAUUCCACAUGGGUUAUGGUGUUGUUGUCCUCAACGGCAUCAUGGCCAUGCUCACCGUCAUCUGGAUCCUCACCUGACACAAGCACACACAUUUAGAUUUAUUUCUACAUUGAUGAAUCUAUUUCCUGGUAUCUAUCAGGCUUAUAUAAGUCCUUCUUCACCUCAAGUUAGUGAGCCCAAUGAAGGCCAGUGUGCCGCAAUGAGUAUGUCUAUUUUUUAUGUUUGCCGUGCAUUAGCCACACAAUAAAGGCUUUUUAAUUUUUGUGCCUUUAUUUUUUUAAUCAAAACAUGUUCUCACCAACUCCACUAGGUGGCAGUAUAAGACAGCUUGUCCAUAGAGGGGCUGCAGUAUAAAGUUUGAAACGAGUGACACCCUGAAAUAAAUCUGACAUUGAUCACUUUGA